UGUGUUUACAAAAAGUAGAGAGAUGCCUUUGUCUUUUCUUUCUUUGGAGCCCGAAGUCGCCUGAAGAAGGAAAGAAAGACCAGAGGAAGGAAAUCUCGACCGAGACUCCAAUCCCGUCGUUCUUCUUCUCUCUCUCUCUCUCGGAAAAGCCAUGAGUCUCUUUGGUCUCGGCAGAAACCAGAGGACAUUCCGCCCAAAAAAGAGCGCUCCUUCUGGGAGUAAGGGGGCUCAGCUGAGAAAGCACAUUGACGCAACACUAGGCAGUGGGAACCUAAGAGAAGCAGUAAAGCUUCCAACUGGAGAAGAUUUAAAUGAGUGGCUUGCUGUCAACACUGUGGAUUUCUUCAACCAAGUCAACUUGUUAUUUGGUACCCUCACAGAGUUCUGCACUCCAGAGAACUGUCCUACAAUGACUGCAGGCCCCAAGUAUGAGUAUAGAUGGGCAGAUGGUGUACAAAUUAAGAAACCUAUUGAGGUUUCUGCUCCAAAAUAUGUUGAAUAUCUGAUGGACUGGAUUGAAUCCCAACUUGAUGAUGAAUCCAUAUUUCCUCAAAAGCUUGGCGCACCAUUCCCCCCUAAUUUCAGGGAGGUUGUGAAGACAAUAUUCAAAAGACUGUUCCGUGUAUAUGCUCACAUAUACCACUCUCAUUUUCAGAAAAUUGUGAGCCUUAAGGAGGAGGCCCAUCUAAAUACUUGCUUCAAGCAUUUCAUACUAUUUACCUGUGAAUUUGCGCUAAUCGACAAGAAGGAGCUAGCUCCACUUCAAGAGCUUAUAGAAUCCAUCAUUGUUCCUUAUUGAACUGGGUAUCGAUAUCCCAAUAGGGAUGCAUACUUAAUUGAAUAAAUCACUCUCUUCUUUACAGCGUUAUACGUUGCAUAUUGUAAAAGCUUCUUGUGCAUAUGCUGUGUGCUUUAGAUUUUAAGUUCUGUCAAAUUUAUAUGGAACAAAAAUCUGUGGAAAGCGAACGGGUUGCUGGGUUAAUCGCUGUCAGCAGAAAUAGCUGAAGUUUUACUGAGCUGGUUUAACAUGUACAAACAUAUAAUGAAUAUGGCAUUUGUUUUUGUGUGCUGUAUGUCAAAACUAGUGACACCAAAUUCAGUUUCAAACUGGUUUGGAAAUAAAUUCUCAAGUGUUUUAAGGCCU